AUCAUAAAUACAUCUAAAAAUCAUCCCCAAACAAUGGAGGAAGGAACGAUAGAGGUGUUUCUCUCACAGAAAGAGAGAGAGCAAGAAUCAGAACAUGAACAGCAAAAAGCUGAAAAUCUUGCUCGCUCUCUUCGCAAUUAAUUCUGUAUCUCUCUACCUCUACUUCUCUUCCCACCCAGAUCAACCACGUCACAAUCAGACGCCGGCUUAUCACUAUUCUAACAACCUCCCGCUUUCCGUAAAGCCCUGGCCCAUAUUGCCUUCCUACCUCCCCUGGUCGCAAAAUCCCAAUGUCCCUUUUCGUUCUUGCGAAGCCUAUUUUGGCAACGGCUUCACCCAUCGUGUUGAUCUAUUAAAACCCAUUUCGGAAACUAACCGGAAAUUGGGUGACGGCGGUGGUGCUGGGUGGUUCAGGUGUUUUUAUAGCGAGACUUUGAGGAGCUCCAUAUGCGAAGGGGGAAGCAUCCGGAUGGUUCCGGGGAGGAUUUUAAUGUCCAAAGGGGGAGAGAAGUUGGAGAGUGUGAUCGGGAGAGGAGAAGAUGAAGAAUUGCCGAAUUUCGAAGCUGGUGCAUUCGAAAUUAAGGUUAAUGAUAGAUCGAGGAAUGGGAAAAGGCUGGUGGACGAAAAGUUCUUGAAUAAUUAUGUCCAAGAAGGUGCUAUUGAUAGGCACACGAUGCGUGGAUUGGUCGAUUCCAUUCGGUUAGCUGAUGCCACUGAAUUCACUUGCUCUAAGGUUUUUUUUUUUUUUCCUGAUAUGUUAAACAUGUGGAUUGAAGAGCCAACACUUUUGGUCACACGUUAUGAAUAUGCAAACGUGUUUCACACGGUGACUGACUGGUAUAGUGCGUAUGUUGCUUCUAGGGUCACUGGUUUGCCUAAUCGACCUCAUUUGGUUUUUGUAGAUGGCCACUGUGAGACUCAGUUGGAAGAAAUGUGGAGGGCAUUGUUCUCAAGCCUUAAUUACGCUAAAAAUUUUAGUGGUCCAGUUUGUUUCCGCCAUGCAAUCCUCUCCCCAUUGGGGUAUGAAACUGCUCUAUUCGGGGGACUAACUGAAAACAUAAACUGCCAUGGAGCUUCUGCACAUGAUCUGUGGCAAAAUCCAGAUGAUCGGAAAACUGCUCGACUGUCUGAGUUUGGGGAGAUGAUAAGAGCAGCCUUUGGUUUGCCACUGGAUAGACACCACAUCCCUAAGCCAGUCUCUGGUCAUAACAUCCUCUUUGUACGACGUGAGGAUUAUCUAGCUCAUCCACGUCAUGGUGGCAAGGUACAAACAAGACUUAGCAAUGAACAAGUAGUUUUCGAUUCUGUCAAGAACUGGGCUUCAAAGCAUUUGGACUGUAAAUUAAAUAUAAUCAAUGGACUGUUUGCACACAUGCCCAUGAAAGAACAAGUUCGAGCCAUCCAAGAUGCUUCAGUCAUCAUCGGUGCUCAUGGUGCAGGGCUAACUCACAUAGUUUCUGCAACACCCGGAACAGUGAUUUUAGAGAUAAUAAGUAGUGAAUACAGACGUCCGCAUUUUGAACUUAUUGCCGGAUGGAAAGGGCUGGAGUACCAUCCCAUAUAUCUCGGUGGGUCUUAUGCUGAUCCUCCUGUAGUGCUUGACAAGCUCAAAAGCAUUUUGAGGAGCUUUGGAUGCUGAAUCUGCUAACCCCCUCCCGAACUCUCAGUUUUCCUCUGAUUGAUGUAGAAAGUGUGACAGUUUCACAGCUAAAUUGAAGGCGUAAAUGCCAGUUCUCGAACAAGUACAGAAUUCACCAAAGUGAUUGCUUUGACAAUGGACAGCCAGGGCUGUUGAUGAGAAGCACGAAGAAGGCCCCUUGAUUACAAAUAUUACUCAGUGCGAGGGAUGGCAUCUGGUUUAUGGCUAUUAGAGAUUUUACACUUGAGGUUUAUAUAGAUGAUAACAUGGGGCUAAUAUACUUCUAAAGAUCUUUGUUUAUCUUCUUGCCAUUUUUUUAAGCGGGGGAGUCGAAUUGUGUUUUUUAUUUGACAGACACUUUCACAUGUUAAAACAGCCAUUCUUUCGACGAUGAACACUCAAUUUUCACUGUAACUUUUAUAGUUAAUUCUUUCAAACACCCUUGGGAUGAUUUCCACGAAUUUUGUGCAAUGAAAUUGUUGGUUGUAUACAGGAUGCAUCUCAAGAAACGUCUUUAGUUGAA